AUGGCCGCCCAGUUUGGCCAUGCUUUGACCGCCGAGAUCACCGCGCAAGACGUGGAAACCGUCUCCAAGGCUGUGUCGGUGCUCCAAGGCAUCCUCAGGCGGCGCAAGGCCUUAAAGGCUAGCGAGGCAUCCACCGGCGGUGCUGUCGCAGCUGGCGCGGCCGAUGCCGAGGUUGAAGUCCCGCCAGGAGUGGCUGGAGCGGCAGCGGACGGGGACGGUCGGAGGGGGAGUGGGAGUGGCGGGGGGACGGAGGGGGGCGAGGGCACCGGAAAAUGGAAUCUAGAGCAGGAGGUCGAGCUGCUUUCGAAGGACCCCGAAGUGGCGAAAAGCCUCCUCCACGCGACCGAGCGGCUGCGGGGGUUGGCGAGAGUCGCGGGAGUGUACGUGGACACGUACAUGGCUCUGAGCGUCCUGGAGUUCGGGUUCGGGGGCCUGCUUCAGCGCCUGCCGAGGCUCUUGCCUGUGGUGCAGACGACGAUCCAGAAGAAAGGGUUCACGAUUAAGAUUUCUAACCUCAACCUAGGGGGCGUCGUCUUUCCUCGAAGCGACAUCCGUUUUUCUUUCCAGGGAACAAGCCUUCCGCCCCACGGCAGCACCGUGGAGACAAGCACCCCGUUCGGUCGGGGAAGGGUGGUGCGGUACAUGAAGCGAACGCACAGCCUGUGCGUCGAGCUGCUGUCCUUCCCCCUCCGCUCCGGCCAGUACGCCAGGGCUUUCGUUCAGCCAGGAGACGUGGUCGUGAUCGAGCCUGACCAGGACAAAAUUAGCGACCGCGGCGGCGCAGCGGUUGCGUCCACAGCGGCGGCGGCCGGCGCCGCCGAAGGUACCAGCGCCUCGGAGUCGUUGGCGCAACCCCCGGGCCUCUUGAACCCGGACUCAAUCUUCGGCGAAGGCGACGACGAGUCCUCGCGGCCCUCUUUGCACACGCGGGCGGCUGCAAAGACGCUCCUGGCGGCGUCCUCUCUGCACCAGCGCCUGCAGGAUCGCCGGAGGCGUUCCGCCGACGGGUCUGGCGGAGGAGGAUCGAACCAGAGGCAGCGGCAAGGCAGAAAGAACGGAGGCGGCGGCCCCGUCGAAAGUUUUGGCGCCACCGUCGACACCUACUACACCCCCGCGCCGCCGCCGCCGCCGCCGCCGCCGGAGCCCGCUUGUGUUCCCGCCCCGGGUGACGAUGGCGUGGGACCGGGAACCCAUGUUGCCGGCGAUAAUGCAGCGGCCGCUCUCCCGCCAGCGGCAGACGGUGGCAUGUCAACAGGGGUCAAACCGCUGCGCUCAGCCUAUGCGGGAGGGGUGGCAACGUCGACCGGGCCUGACGAUGAGGCUACGGGCAUCUCGGCGGCAGCCGGAGCGAAGAGGCAUGCGCGAGGUAGGAGCGCAGGCUCUGAGUUUGCCACGGGAGCCGGCGGGGGUGAUGGCGCUCUGGACAUGGUCGACGAGAAACGACGGGGCUCGGAGAUCAUCAUGAGGCGCGCGAAGACUCGGACGUGGCCGGUGCGGGCUGAGAGCCAAGAGCUAGAGACCGGUUCGCGCGGCGGAGAUGCAUCUGGAGGGAGCGCAGCCGAGGGCGGAGAGGGUGAUACGAGUCCGGGGGGGAUCGCCGGCGGCAUCUUGGGCUCCGGCGUCUGGAAAAAGGCUUACUCUGCAGCUUCGAACGCAGCCGCUACCGCUAUAGCCGUGAACAACGACCUUUCUGCGUCGGCAACGGCCGCGGCAGCUAAUUUUGCGAACGGGGGAGGGGUCCGGUGGAUGGGAAACCGGGCCGGGGACGGCGGUCGCGACGUCGGGGAUGCCAGUCGCAGCGGCGACACAGCUACUGUCGACCACCAAGAACGGGAGGAGAUGGGCGAUUCCAUCGGAGUUGACGAGGAGGAGGGAGGGGAGAGAGAAGCGCCGCCGCCGCCGCCAUAUUUGUCCAUCACCGUGGGAAAUGUGAGCUGCUUCUUGCCGGACGUGAACUGGUCCGUGCAGAUGCAGCAGAAGCGGUUCCUAAGGGUGGGGGACUCCGGGUACAUCAACGUCUGGCUGGAGGGCGUGUCGCUGUCUCUCUCCCUUGACCCGGGAGCCGGCGUUGAUUCCCUGUUCGGUUCUUCCCGACGUCCGUCGCAAACGCCACCGCCACCACCACCGCCACCAGCCGCUCCUCGCCAUCUUCCUGGUACCUCGGCCGCCGCCGCCGCCGCCGCCGUCGGAACAAGCGGCGGCGACAAUCAGGGCGCCCCCCCACGCCCGUUGUUCCCGUUCGUGGCAACAUCAUCACAGUCACCGAGAUCCGUCUCCGCAGAACCUUCAGCGGAGGGAAUAGACGGCGGGAGCGUGGCCGAGAGGGGUGAGGGCGGGUCCUCUUCGGCUCCCGUCGACGGUGGGAGUUCUGCUGCCGCCGGGAAGGAUGGUGGUUCUGGCGGCGGCGGUGGCGGCUGUGGGCGUGGCGGCGGCGGUGGCUCUUCGAAAUGGUCCAAACUGAACUCGAUGUCAACAGCCCUGUCGAAGGGCACCGGCAAGAUCAAGCGGCGCUUGAAAGCGACAACAUCGCAGCAGCAGCAGCAGCAGCAGCAGGCUCAGCUGCAACGAACCGGCCACCACCAGCCCGCGUCGACUGUUUUCCAGCCCGUCUCCUCUUUCUUCCCCCCUCCGUCUCCCACCGCCUCCUCCGAAAAAUCGGAUGCCUUCUCCUCUUCCUCCAUCCCCUCGACGUCACGAGAACGCGCGGUAACUCCCCCCCUUCCUUCUGCCGCCACCACCGCCGCCACAACACCGGAAGCCCUGCCGUCAUCGAGGUCGGUGCCGCACUUGUCGAUCUUGGGUGACAACGACGCGGACGGCGGCAGCGGUUCGUUGGUAUUCGCAACGGCGGCGGAAUUUUCUCCUUUGGCGGCGGCGGCGGCAAGGAGGAGGGGCAGCGGCCUCGAGGGUGACGCCCGGGAGGCGGGGGAAUUGCCUCCGUCUGGGAUUUCUGGCGGCAGCGCAGACGGGUUUUUGAAGGUGACGGCGUGCAGCUGUAAGGUCGGGUCUAUCCGCAUCGAGGUGGACGGCAGCAAGCACGACGGCAUCUACAACUUCCUGGCUAAGGGGCUGGGCGACACGAUACGCGACGCUGUGCGUGAGGCCGUGGAGAAGGCGUUUGCUGAGGAGAUCGGGAAGCUCGUCGAGGGCAUCAACGACCGGAUCGCCGAGAUUUGGUCCGGGAGUGCCCCGGUAUCAAAGAAGAAGCCGGCCAGGUUGGUUUGUGCCGCCGUUCGGGCGCAGGGUCUGCCCAAGGGGAAGACAGACCUCUACGUUAAGGUACGCCUCAUCAAGAAGGACGGCACCCAGCUUGAGAAGCGCAGCACGGCUGCCGUCGGAGCUGUCGCCACGUCCGCCGCCAUGUCCAUCCCAAUCCCUUCCAUGGCCACCAUCUCCAGCAACAACAGCAAGGACAAAGAGCACGAGAAGAAGCAGAAGGAGAAGGAGGCCCCGGCGCGCAAUCCGUGCUGGGUGGGGUUGGACAACGAUUUGUCCAUGAACCUUCCGGAGGAAGACCCGGGCCGCCUGAGCUUGGUCUUUGAGGUGUGGCACAGCGGAACACUCGCCAAUGCUCUUGUCGGAUCGACGCGCCGGGUGACCAUGUCGGAGAUUGAGCCGCCGUCCCCUGCAGCAGCAGCAGCGGCGGCGGCGGCUGCAGCAGAAGCAGAAAAAGAGACGGAAGAAGACGAGGAAAGGGACGGGGGCGCCACCCCCGCGACCGUGUUGAGGGAUUCCGACUCGAACACCUUGCGGUUAGACUUGGAUUCCGGCGGGAAAUUGAUUGUGAGUGUUCGGGUCACAAAAAGGAGUUCCAGCGGUAGGUAG